CGGAUCUUACCAAACAAAACAUGGGAUGUCCUUGAGAGCUUGUUAAGCCAGUUCGUGACCCCAUGAUCCCCAUGAUAUUAUUCCAUCCACGUGCUAAAUGUUAUGAUCUUUAUUACUAAAUUGCCCUUUGACCAAACCAACUAUAUCGAGUCAUGGUAACUCGGAGCUCAAGUAACCUCCCACUCCCACAACCUCCAUCCAUGCACGCCCACUCAAGUAGUAACCAACUCUUUAUAACUUCACACUACUGCUCUAUAUAAACCCUCUUACUACUACAUUAACUCUCCAUCUUGCUCAGACUUACCGCAUCUCCAAGUUAAUACUGUGUCGUUUUGACUGAUGGCAAUGGCUUUCAACUCAAUCAGAGCUGUUCUGUUCUUCUUCUUCUGUAUAUUUUUCUUUUCUCUUCAUGUUGUCACUGUCGUUUCUUUCGAGUUCGAAGUUGGUGGAACCGAAGGCUGGGUCGUACCCUCUUCCAAUAAGAGCAAUGUCUACAAUGACUGGGCCUCAGAGAACAGGUUCCAACUGGGAGACACCAUCGUUUUUAAGUACCGCAAAGACUCGGUGAUGGAGGUACCAGAGGAGGACUACAAGAACUGCAAUUCCAGUCACCCAAACUUCUUCUCCAACAAUGGUCACACAGUCUUCAAACUCAACCAAACUCAGCCCUUCUACUUCAUUAGUGGUGUUUUCCGUCACUGCCAGAAGGGUCAACGGAUGAUCAUAAAAGUCAAAACUCCAGGAGAAGCUCCAUCUGAUGGCGGUGGUAGUGGUGGUGGAGCCUCCUCCGCUGGUUCUCGUCCAGGUGCGGCCGUUUCGUCAGUUGGAGUCUUUUUUUCUCUGUUUGUAUUGUCGUUUGCUGCUUCUGUUGUCGUUUAGAUAUUAUAGCUAAGUUGGAAUCUAGAAUGUUUUAAGUUUGUUUUUUUUUUUAUUCUGUU